ACAGUCUAUUCAAUCUUUAUAGGAAGCCAUGCCGGGAUGCAUUCAUACUGUACUGCUGCUGGCCGACAGAGAUCUGGCUCUACGCAUGGAGAAAACCUCUUCUAUACAGGUGGAGCUGCUGACAUCACUCAAGUCUCUCUAUAAACAUGUGGACGUUUCUCAGCUUCCCACUGAGUUUGAAGGCACUUUCCCUUAUGCACACAGCAGCUGGGUCAGCUUUAGAAUGAGGUUGGAGCAGUUGACCAGUCAUUGUGAAGAUGCUGUGAGCCUGCUUCAGAACACCAUAAGCAAACUGGAGUCCACAGUGCUGCCCCCUACAGCAGAGGAGGCUCAACUCUUACUGUGUAAGUACAGAGAGCUGAUGAGGACGGUUCUGGAGGACAGCAGGCUGGUGCGACUACAGUUGGAGGGAGGAGCAGCUCUGUCCCGUUUACGAAAAGAAGAGACCAGCGUUAGUCUCACAGAGGACUACAGAGAUGCCAUUGAAAGUGCUGGCCGUUUGUAUAACCAAGUGGACGAGCUGGUUCACAGACUGGUGAUGCUGUCCAAUAAAUGCACACAGGAACUGGAAUUCAUCAUGGAGUUUAAGAGCCUGGAGGAGGGAUUCAAAGAGGUUAGUCAGUGGAUAGAAGAGGUGGGAGAGUCUCGUCUGCAGACGCUGAGCGAGCUGGAGGAUUCCUUGGAGCAGUUACAUCAUAAGCAGAGCAUCUUCAGAGAAUUUUACACAGCUGCAUAUGAACACUGUAAGAGUGGUGAAGCUCUCCUCAAGCGUUUAGAGAAGUGGGAAGACGUCUCCUCUGCAGAGCUGCAAGUGUAUGAGGUGAAAGUACGUUCAUUCUGGGUGCAUCUGCGGGAUUUCUCUCAGCGAGUGGAGGACACCAAGGAUAAAAUAGACAAGACUGUUCAACUCUAUGAGUUCUUUGAUAAGGCAUAUGAAUGGGCUCUAGAGGGCAUGCGUCAUUUGGCGUGUGUCAGUAUGGAGGAUUGUGGCAUGUCUGAAAAGUGUCAGAGCGUGAUCACGUGUUUGGAGACUUACCGCAGUCAGCACCCCCCGAUCCCUGAUGCACACUUCCAGGAGAUGAAGGACCUCGCUGGGGAACUGAAAAGCGAACAGGGCCUCAAGCAGUGGAAGUUUGCCUGGUCCAAGUGUCAGGAGACCAAGCAGAUGUUUGAAAAGAAGCUGGAGAUGGCCCUGCGUUCCCGCCGUGACAGCGACUCCAAGUCAGUAAGGAGUGACUCUUCUCGUCGUAACUCAGAUGUUAGCACUAAACACCAAGAGCGUAGCAGUAGCAUCUCCUUCUCAUGUCGGAAAGCGUUCGGCGGAGCCUGGGGUCGAGAUAGACUUUCCUCACAUUCUAGCACAUCCUCAACUCCCAGUAGCCCUUCAGGCAUUCGUCUGGAUGCCCGUGACACUGUCCGAACUCCAACAGGAAGUCCAUACAGCAUUGAGCACAGAAUCCCCCACAGCACCCCUGUCAGAUCCCACAGGCUAACACGUAGCAUCUCCACAGAUGAGUCUCCUCAGAGCCCACAUGCAGAGGGGCUAGCGUCCACAAGCCCAAGCGGCACUUCUGUUCAAACAAACCGCAGGGUUUUGCGGAAGACCCAGAGCUUCGAUACAGCUGGCAGUGAGCCUGUGUCACAGUACGGGACCUGUCAGAGGACUUUGAGUGAGCCUGCACGCAGAGGAAACACAGGGGUGUUCAUUAAGGGUCUGGAGGUGAGCAGCACUGAAGUGAUUGAUAGGCCGUACAGUCCACGACUACCACCCAUCCAUGGAUGGUCUUCAAUUGAUGCACACCGCAGCGGGAGUCCUGCUCCAGAAACGCGCAGCAAGGGCAGCAAGUUACGACACAUUGUAGAUGAGAUGGUGACAACAGAGCGGGAAUAUGUGCGUUCCCUGCGGUAUAUCAUUGACAACUAUUUCCCUGAGAUGGAGCGCGCUGUCCUGCCGCAGGAUCUGCGGGGAAAGCGGAGCGUCAUAUUUGGAAAUCUGGAGAAACUGGUGGACUUUCAUAGUCAGUAUUUCCUAAAAGAGCUGGAGAGCUGCUGUAAUCAUCCUCUACGCGUCAGCCACUGUUUCCUACGACAUCAAGACCAGUUUAGCCUCUAUGCAUUAUACAGCAAGAACAAGCCAAAAUCAGACACACUCCUGGCCAGCCAUGGAAACAACUUCUUCAAGCAUAAGCAGAUGGAGCUGGGAGAUAAGAUGGACCUGGCAUCGUACCUGCUGAAGCCCAUCCAGCGCAUGAGUAAAUACGCUCUUCUGCUGAAAGACCUGAUCAAAGAAGUGAGCGAGGUCCAGGAGCAGGAACUUACAUACCUGCGAGCCGCAGCAGAGAUGGUCAAGUUUCAGCUCCGCCAUGGCAAUGAUCUACUCGCCAUGGACGCUAUCAGAGAUUGUGAUGUGAACCUAAAAGAGCAAGGACAGUUGGUUCGUCAAGAUGAGUUCACGAUUUCAUAUGGCAGAAAGAAGUGCCAGAGACACGUGUUCCUAUUUGAGGACCUAGUGCUCUUCAGCAAACCCAAGCGCAUCGAGGGUGGACUAGAUGUUUACAUAUACAAGCAUUCUUUUAAGACGGCUGAUGUGGGUAUGACAGAGACGUCAGGUGAGAACAGUCUGAGGUUUGAAAUUUGGUUUCGGAGGAGAACUUCAAAGAACCAGACCUACAUUCUCCAGUCCAGCACUGCUGACAUCAAACAUGCCUGGACUUGCGACAUCGCACGAAUACUGUGGCAGCAGGCCACGCGAAACAAAGAAAUUCGAAUGCAGGAGAUGGUCUCAAUGGGUGUGGGCAAUAAACCCUUCCUGGACAUUAAACCCAGUGAUGCUGCAAUCAACGACAGAGCCAUCGACUACAUUAUGAAGGGCAGAGGAGCUAGAACGAGAGCCUCCAUUGCUGUUUCUCUGUUUGACCACUCAAACCCAUUCAAAAGAGCUGCAGUAAACACCCCCGUCAGCGGGACCCCGGUGUCUGGCGGUCCUUCCUCAUCCACCCUGCUGGGGCCCUUGAAUCUGCACAUGUACAGCAGCCAAAGUCUGUUGGCGGGGGAGAGACCUCUGAUUGGCCCCUGCAUCGAGGAGGACGAGCUGGAGCAUGAGACCAGUAGUCAGCCCUCUAUGACUACAGAGAGUUCGGGUUCGUCGUCUCACUGUCUGUCUGGCAGUGGCUCUAGCGGAUCAGACAGCGGCUGUGUGUCCAGUCACCUUCCUGAGGCUUUGUCUGAGGAGCCCAGCUCACCUUGUGACUCCUCGUGUUAUUCCUCCAUCACCUCUCCCACGCAGGAGAAGCCCUGCUUUAACAGCCAGUAUAUCUCAGCGGGGGAUGCUCAGGUGAUCGGACCCUCUACUAUAGUCUGAGCUGCUGCAGUUUAAGAGCCAUCUGCUUCAGAUUGAGAAGACGUUGCCACACUGAAGAGGAGUUCAGAGCUAGUAUUUAUUAUUUCUCCUGAGUGCCAGUAAAUCUCACACAGAGCACUCCAGAUAGCACUGUUUCUCUUUCUCUUUUUAAGCCACUUUUAGCUUCAAUAGCUUUUAUAUAAAUUUACGAAUGAUCUAUAAAACUGAACCAAUAUUCUUGUAUUUAUCUUCAAGUGUUAAGAUACAGUAGUGUUUUGAGCUGUAUUAUUAACUGUAAAUACUGUAGUAGUGUACAGUAGACUUCUGAACUGUUGCGAUUAAUCAGUUCACACACUUGUUUUGUGUUGUUUAUUGCCCACUUUGCUGCAGACUUCAGCUGGUUUGAUUUAGAACAAAUGCCCAAUGUUUUUAGGCAUGUCUAGAUUUCUGAGCAUCAGUACACUAAAGACGUUAAGCAGUGUUGUAGAGUUUCUGUUCUUUCUGAUGUCUUCAUAGUCUGUGGACCUGUGGUCAGUUCAUUCAGUAUGGUAUUCAUUCAGAUUUUACAACUGACCUCAGGUCAGCUCUGCCCAGCACUGCUGCUCCUGGUUGCUGGGUAUUGCUGCUGCCUGUUUGGAGAUGGGAGAGCUUUUCAUUUCAGUUCUGUUAUUUACAUUAAUAAGUAUAACAAAACAACAUGUAAAUUGUAAAUAGUUGCACCAGUGGUGCGUUGAGGACAUAGCCUUUAGGAAGUAAUGUUUAUACAUGUUAACCAGUCAACACAAGAAUCACUUAAGUGCCAUUCUUUGUUGCCAAACCAAAUUGGAAGUGUACAAACAAAAGAUAAUAAAAACAGUUCCACUUCUAGUUGGAGUUACGAGUGUCUACUCCAGUGUUUUAUUUUUCAAUCUUAACAAGUUCACUCAGAAGUAAUAAAGACCGAUUGCUUUGUACCUGUAA